CAUCUGUAGGAAAAUGAUCUCGAAUUUGUAGCUGCCGCGCGUUGUUUAGUCUGGCUUGGUGGAGUGAUCGGUUGGUACCAAAUAUUAAAUUAAACCACAGAUUUGAAACUUAUUGUUAUCAAGAUAGUAAGGAAGUUGAAACGUUCUGUUGUAAUACAGUAUUUAGAUUUAUCUUUUGAUAGUGAUUUAUCAUAGUAAAAGUAACUAGAACAGCAUGGGGUUGAGAGGCAGUAGGCAAAAGGCAGAAAUUACUGCUCCACCAAACCCAGAAAAGGAUAGAAAAGUUAAACGCAGAAAAAGCAAAAAAGAUGCAGCUGCAGCUAAUGGGGGAGUUGGAACAGAAGGAGCUCAGAACAAUGCUGAAGAAUGCACCAAACCAGAAGAGGUGAAACCAAGUGAUGCUGCUGUAGAAGAAUCCCAUGAAGGUCAUGAAAAAGAUACUGAAAAAACAGAAUCCAGUGAUGACAAAAAAGAUGUUGAAUCUUCUGAGAAACUGACAGAACAACCUUCUGUUCCUGUACCUGAAGCAAGUGAAUCACAAAUUAGAUCUGACAAUCUUGAAGAAUCUUCUGUAAAAACAGAACAGUUUGAAACUACAGAACCUGCCACUGUUGAUGAAAAUGUUCCAGAAAAAACAGAACAAGCCUUAGAAUCAUCUGCAUCCAUAGAGGACAAAGAAUGUGAAAAACCAGUAGUAGAGGUUACAGUCAAAUUAGUUUCAUCUACAGAUGAAUUAGAUGUCUCCACUGACAAAAAUGUCACCGCCAGUGAAGAAGUGCCUUCAGCAACAUCUGGAACAACAGAAGCCUUAAAAGAGUCUGUUGUAAAUUCUUCAGAUAAAUCAGUUGAGGACAUUUCUACUGUUAAAGAACGGAAUGAAGACCUAGAAAAACCUUACAUAGAAGAAGCAGCAAAAGAAGCAUAUCAGACACUUGAAAAUGUCCCUGUUAGCCAAGAUAAUAUCGAAGUCACAGAAGAAUCUAAAGAGGAAAAGUCAACAAAAGUUGAUGAUCUGGAAAAAAAUGAGAUCACAAAAGAAAAUAAAGAAGAAGAAAUUGAAGAGAAUCCUCCUGGAGAAUCUUGUGAAGAAAUUAACAUUAUCGUAGAACAAGUUGACGAGAAACCUGCUGAAGAACCUAGAGAAGAUGAAAAACAAUCAACAGAUGUUUCAAUCAGUGAGAAAAACGUUGAUGGUAAAGACGUAGAAAAAGAACAGAUGGAAGAAUCUAGCACUUUAGAGGAAAAGGAAACAUGUGAACAUAAAACAGAAGAGAAUGGUAAAAUUGAAAGUGAAAAACCUCAAUCAGAAAUUGAAAUAAAGGAAGCACACCAAGAACAAAUAAGUGAACCUAAUGUAGAGAAUGACGCUGAAAAUCAGCCAGAUAGUGGCAAGCCUGCCUGUGACAAAGAAAGUGAAGUGGUAAUCAAGACAACUUUGCCAGUUGUCUUCACCUGGGAACAAGAAGGAAAAGAAGUUGGGGUCUCUGGUACUUUCAAUAAGUGGAGUGAUCCAUGGGCACUGUCUGAGAAUGAAGGGAAGUUUUCCUUAACCAGAGAUCUGCCUGAAGGAGAUUAUCUCUUCAAGUUUGUUGUGGAUGGAAACUGGAUUGUGGAUGUCAAUCAGCCUACAAUUCAUUCAGAAGAGCAUGGACAAGUUAACAUAAUGAAUGUCCAGCCUUCCAUUGUCCAGGAAUGAUGGUAUAGUGAUCACAUGGAUGUAACUUGUACUGAUUAGAAGGAAUACACAGUUUUUUACAGAUUUGGAAAUUGUAAAGCUAUGGCUCUCAGAAUUACCUAUUCCAGUUUUUGAUAUGUAAACUAACCUACUUGGCCAGCUUUGGAACAAGUGUAUCUUGUCAGUUGUAAUCAUGACAGUUUGGUUUCUGAAGAGCCCUUUUUUGAAAUAACUAAAAUGCAUAGUGAAAGUGAAGUGAAAUAUUUUAAGUUAAUUAUUAUAAUGCCAUUAUCUUACUGGUUGCCUGGACACUGAUUUACAUAUUGUAUAAAAGAAGUAUUAAACUAAUAUUUUGUCAAACCUUUUCAAAGUAAACAAAAGUAACUCGGAUUCUAAUCAUUUUUUUCCUAAACUUGUUUUGUAAGUGUAUUUCUUGAUACUUUAAUAAAUAUUUUUUUUACAUUUUCUUGUUUUACUAAUUCUUGUACAAUUACAUACUACUUAAAUUUUAUAUUGUGUAAAUGUGUUUUCUUGGAUAAACAUUAAUUCAGUUAAACAAAGUUCUUAAUUUCACUCUUCUUCCUUAUAUAUAUAAAUUCAAAGGUUUGAAUCCAUCUGUUUUAUGGUUGUGUACUAAACAUGAACAUCCAUAAUAUUUGCUAUUUCUGAAGUUUUGUAUUCUUUUUCUUUCUUUGAUUGAGGUUCCUAUUUUAACAGUUGUUGAAUUUGAGGUUCAUUGUAAAUUUUUCAUUUUUUUUUCUAUAUUUCAGUGGAAAUUAAGUAACAAUUUUUUAGAAAAACACAUCAAAUUCAACAUUGAAAGCAAAUAUUUAUGAUUUUCUUCUACUUCAUCAAAAACACUGGAAAAACGAAGGUAGCAGUACAAUAAAAUUCUGAACUAUAAUGAUUUUUUAUCAAUUUAAGAAUAAAAAAACUUAAAUGCAACAGCUUUAUGUGAUUGAAUUUUAACUGUUGCUUGCCAUAUCCCUGAUGUGAUUAAUACUUUAAAUCUGAUUUCUAUUUUACAAAUUCAUAAAUUGAUGUUAUACAUAACAUACACUGAUAAAACUCUAGUGUAAGUGCACUACUACAUUUUAUUGAGUUGUAUUUUCAAAUAAUAAUUUUCAAAACUCCAUGGUUAUAAGUUGUCUGAGAUAUCAUUGUUUACUAAACAAAAACAAUGAAGAGUAUAUUUGAAACUCGUUAUUAACACUUAUAAUAAAAAUAAAAGUACAAUUGUUUGAAAUAGCUCUGCUUUUAAAUUUUGAGAUUCAACUUUGGGUACAUGCAAAGGAUUUCCAUAGAAUUCAUAAAUGAUAACAUGAUUCCCAAAUUAUUUAUUUUUAUAUUUAAAUGAUUUUCAUUGAUAGUUUUUUAAUUAUUUUUUCGUACAAUGUAACUAAAUUUAGAAAAUACACCAGUCAAAUCUUUGUAGCACAAAACAUGGCUUUGGGACCACCCUUUAAUUGAACCAUUUUGUCUUGCUAAGUAAAUAGGUUUUUAUUAAAUUACAAAAGUAAAGCAGUAAAAAUUUUAAAAAUUACAAAUUUUUGUAUUUAUAUAGUACGUUUGAAAAUUAUUUUUCAUACUUGCAUUUCUAGUUCAGGCUAAUAGAAAAUUAAGGAAAUUUUAAGGUGCUAACAUGCUCAUUAAGCCUAAAAAGAAAUGAUUAAAGAUGUGUUAACAUGUUAAUAUUCAGGUGUAGACUGCAAGAUGUGGUAUUUAUAGUAGUUUUAAUGGAAUAAUGUGUUGGCUUACUCAAAUAGAUUAAUUACUAAAGCAGCUGUCAGGAUUUAACGUGCUUGCUCAGACUACAAAAAGUGAUAUGUAAAACCAAUUUUAACAUUCUGAUUUAAACUGAUAACUAAAACAGUCUUGAUAUAUCAUUGAUUUAUUUAUUUUGUACCAAUAAAAUGUUGUUACUUGUGAUUUUAAAUACUUAACAUUUUGGACUAGUUACAUAUAUUCUCGUUUUCCAGAAAUAAACUGAGUAUGUAUACGGAA